AUGAAAGUGAUUUAUCUCCUCUCUCAUCAUCAGGCAGCAGCAGCAGCUUCCUUUCAUGCCAUUAUGGCAGCUUCAUUUUGGAUCUUGAACAUCACAUUCCUUUUGAUCUCUUCCUUUGUAGCUCCCACUAUAGCAGAAGUUGGCCGUGCUAACUACCUGCACAAAGGAUCUUCACUAGCCGUGAAGCAUGCCUCCCAUGUCAUAGAGUCGCCUGACGGCACCUUCUCCUUUGGGUUCUACAACCUUUCAUCCACAGCCUUCACCCUGUCGAUCUGGUUCACCAAUUCGGCUGACAGGACCAUCGCCUGGAGCGCGAACCGGGAUCGCCCCGUACACGGGAUCGGGUCCAAGGUCAAGCUGAACACUGAUGGAAGAAGCAUGGUCCUCACGGACUACGAUGGCACGGUCGUGUGGCGAACCAACUCGCUGACCGCGGAGGCCGAUCACGCGGAGCUCAUGGACUCCGGGAACCUCGUGAUGAAGGAUCAAGGUGGCAACAUACUGUGGCAAAGCUUCGACCAUCCGACCGACACUCUGCUACCAGGCCAGCCAGUGACGGCCACUGCAAAGUUGGUAUCAAAAGAUCUCUCACAUCCCUCAAGUUACUAUACAUUGAGUUUCGACGACCGAUAUGUCUUGUCGCUCGCAUAUGAGGGGCCGGAUCUUUCUAACCACUACUGGCCUAACCCUGACUACAGUAGCUGGAUGAACUAUAGAAUCUCCUAUAACAGUAGUAGGAGAGCUGUGCUUGAUAAGCUGGGUCAGUUUGUGGCUACUGACAAUACCACCUUUCGUGCCUCUGAUUGGGGCUUGGAGAUCAAGAGGAGGCUAACACUAGACUACGAUGGUAAUCUCAGGCUUUACAGCCUCGAUGAAUUUCAUCGGAGCUGGUACGUUUCUUGGGUGGCUUUCUCCCAGCCCUGUGACAUACAUGGCCUAUGUGGUUGGAAUGGAAUAUGUGAGUACUCACCAACACCACGCUGCUCUUGUCCUCCUGGCUAUGUGGUCAGUGAUCCAAGUGACUGGAGCAAGGGCUGCAAGCCGGUGUUCAACCUCACCUGCGGCCAGCGUACGGGCUUCGUGCGCAUUCCUGAGACCGACUUUUGGGGCUCCGAUCUGAACUACACCAUGUCGACGUCCAUGCACACUUGCAAGGAGAUGUGCUUGGGGAGUUGCGCAUGUGUGGCAUUUGAGUACAAAACUUUUCCAAACGCCUGCUUCCUCAAGUCUGCUCUCUUCAAUGGCAAGACGCUUCCAGGAUACCCCGGCACGGCAUAUCUCAAGGUUCCCGAGAGCUUUCUGUCGCAGCCGCACACGUCUGACUCUGUUCUUCAUCAUGGCCAUGCCUGUGAUGCAUCAAACAAGCAGACCGUGAGUUAUACCACGCACACCAAUGACGGACAGGGUGCAAUGUGGCACUACUACUAUUGGUUCCUCGCUGCGUUCUUUCUUGUGGAGGUCUGCUUCAUUGGUUCUGGCUGGUGGUUCAUGUCAAGACAACACUCGGCACGAUCAGAGAUCUGGGCAGCAGAGGAAGGCUACAGGGUGGUGACGGACCAUUUCCGUAGUUUUACCCACAAGGAACUGCGGAGGGCCACUAAGAAUUUCAAGGAGGAGCUUGGCCAUGGGCGACAUGGCUCUGUGUACAAGGGGAUUCUGCACGACAGCCGUGUAGUCGCAGUCAAGAAGCUCAACGACGUGAAGCAAGGUGAAGACGAGUUUGAGGCCGAGGUGAGCGUGAUCGGUAAGAUCUACCAUAUGAACCUGGUGAGGGUGAUGGGCGUAUGUUCAGAGCGCAAUCACCGACUGCUGGUCUACGAGUAUGUAGAGAAUGGCUCGCUGGCCAUGUUCUUGUUUGGUGACAAAGGGCCACUGCAAUGGCAUCAGCGGUACAAGGUCGCGGCUGGUGUGGCCAAAGGCCUCGCAUACCUUCACCAUGAGUGCAUGGAUUGGAUCAUUCACUGCGAUGUGAAGCCUGAGAACAUACUUCUAGACAUGGAUUUCGAUCCCAAGAUCAGCGACUUCGGGUUCGCAAAGCUGCUGCAGAGAGGCCAGGCUGAUCCCGGUAGCAUGUCCAAGGUUCGUGGAACUAGAGGCUACAUGGCUCCAGAAUGGGUGUCCACCGCCCCCUUAACUGAAAAAGUGGAUGUUUAUAGCUUCGGGGUGGUGCUGCUGGAGCUGGUCAUGGGGUCUCGAGUAUCCGAGCGGGCUACCGAUGGCCGCGAGGAUGCCGAGGCUGCACUGCAGCAGCUAGAAUGGACAAUUGAAGAGAAGAUGGAAAGUGACGACCUGACAUGGAUCGAUGGCUUUGUGGAUCCUAGGUUGGAGGGUGACUUCGUGUAUUCGGAGGUGCUGUUGAUGCUGGAGGUGGCUGCUAUGUGCUUGGAGAAGGAGAAGAGCCAGAGACCGAGCAUGAACCAUGUGGUUCAGAAGUUCCUCUCAUUUGACUGA